AUGAAAACCAGAUCACUUUCCCAACCAUGCAAAGAAUUAGAAGAAAACUAUUACCUAUGUCAUGAAAUCAACUUACCUUAUCAUAUAGAAGAUCCAUGUAUAUCAAGUAUCAUGCGAUUUGAAACAAAUAUUACAACAUGCAACCCAGUUUCAGUGGAAAUUAACAGUCUUAUAAUACACCCGAUACAUAAAAAUAGAUGGAUAGUAUACUCAAAAAAAACAGUCGUAUUAAAGGAAACUUGUAAAGGGGAAAUAGUGAAAAAUUACUUAUUGGGAACAUACGUAAUUGUCGUAGACGGUAGUUGUGAAGUUACGAUCAAUAGCAUCAAAUUGAAAAGUCACACUACUAAUGGAAAACAAUUUCAAUAUGAAAAAUCACCGAAAAUCAAGCUUCCUGAAUUACCACAGAUCAAGUCCGCAACGAAAAUGAAGCCCGUUAACUUGGACGAUGUAAAUUUAGAAAAUCUGCAGCUAUUAACGUACGCACUACGGAAAACUGAAGAAAACUCAGGAAAUUAUGAAGAAUCUAUAAAUACUAAAAGCAUUAGUAUAGGAACUAUUAUAUUGUAUCCAGUAAUUGUUAUAAUUAUAUUAAUUUGUAUUAUUCGUAAAUAUAAAAAACAUAAAUGUAAUAAAAGGGGUCGAAAUUCUCAGAAAAACGAAAAUUCAGAGAAUUUCGAACUUAAGGAGGGAGGAGUUAUGAUGGCUCAUCCCUUGUCACGUGUUGUGAAUGUCAGUACAUAA